AUGUCGUCUUCUGAUGAGGACACGUUUCCAGUUGAUAAAAAUGAGGCCAUGGAUGCCAUUGAAAAAAUGAUCGAUAAAGAGGGGCUCGACAAGCUAACUAGUUCGAAGAUUCGGGCCCAUUUGAGUUCAACGUUUAAUCAAAGUUUUGAUGACUUUCGCAAAGAAGUGGAUUUACUAACGAAGCAAGUAAUUGAAAGACGAGAAGAACGCGAAGAAAAAGCCUCGUCUGAACCACCUAGUACUGAAGAAAAUAAAAGUCCGGAGAAAUCUCAUGCUGCAUCAGACAGUGAUAGUGACACAUCUGAUGAAGGGGUGGUAGACGAUAGAAGAGCAUCGGCAAAGAAGAAGCGUUCUCUCAAAAGAAAGGCUAACGAAGGAGAUGGGGACGUAGAUUUGAUGACAGCAGUUAAACAUCGACGAAGAGCAGCAGCUGACAAAGCGGCACAAAUCUUAAAAAAGACUGCCGAUCGCUCGGAUAGAUCCAAGAAGAAGGACAAAAACGCCCCGAAAGGAGAUCAUUCUGGCAAGUUUGGACGGAUGACCAAGCUAUGUCUGAUGAGUGAAGAGCUGCAAACCAUUGUUGGUGCUCGUUUUAUGAAAAGAUGCGAUGUUAUAUCGAAAAUGUGGGAGUACAUACGAGCAAACAAUCUUUUUGAUCCGAAGGACAAACGGUUUUGUUUUGUAGACGACAAACUGAGGGGUGUUUUUGGGCCGUGCAAGCGGUUCAGGGCCUUCUCUAUGUCAAAAUCGCUCGCCAAGCAUAUCAAGGACCCAGCUUUGUUAGGUGGUGAGAUAGAGCAGGAAGCUCUCGCAGAAGAAGCACGUUUGACAGCGGAAUGGAAGGUGCAUUUUUGGCGCGACAAGCUGCGGCAGAUAGCGGAAGCGCCGAGGUAUCCAGGAGCACUGCAUCUCCCCAAAACAAUCAGGAUGCUGCAUCGGACGAUUCAGAUGUGUCUGAUUAAACCAGGAUUCAUAAUUUUGUUCAUUGUUACCCUUAUUACGCGGGUCUUUCUUAGCCGUCUGGGCUUUUCCGCACUAGUGAUGCCUGUAGAGAAUGCGAGGGUUAGGGCAUCCCCUGUCGGAAAUUUUUUCGCGAGAUUGGGUCGGCGUGUACGGAGUAAGAGCCCGGCUGUCACACGUCUAACGUCUACUGAGACUCCAAAAAGGGCCAGCAGUCGUGGUGGUCAGGUUGAUAGCGCGAAUGGGACGUAUCACGACGACAGUGGCGAUGUCACUCAAACUCCACAUCGAUUUGGAACUCUCCUUACCAGACUUUCAAGAAGAAAGUCGAAGAGAGGCGAAAAGGACAUCAAUCUUAUAUCACCGGAUAGUGACGAAGUGGCAGUUUCUCCACCGAAAUUCGGCACUCCUCGUCCAGCGAUGAGUGAAAACGAUCUCCGUCAUGUAACACUCCAACGUGGCACGGAUCUUCAAAUAACACCCCUUGCUGGUGUUUCACAGUUCAUGUCAGAAGACAAUCUCGCGUUUGCUGAAUGUGGUACACCUGCCUAUCGUGUACCUAGUUAUGUUCGAAUCAGUUGUGCUCUUAGUGGAUAUAGAAAGUCACCCCGAUACUUGGAAGGUAGUGCUACCCGUACAAUGGGACGUAGUAUUGUUGAACGUCGCUUGGGUUUGUUCGAGCAUUCAACGCCUGAUCGCGCAGAUUUGAUUUCCGUGCUUAUUCUUACAUUGUUGCAAUUUAACCGCUUGAAUUCGGAAUUGGGAUUCCCUUUAUUCCGUUAG